AUGCAGAGUUGGAGCAGGGCGUCGCUGUAUGAGAAGCUGCAGCAGCACGGAGCAGCAGCAGCAACAGCAGCAGCAACAGCAGCAGAAACGAGUGCAGCGCCUCAGGGGGUUUCCUUGGGCGUCAUUGACAGCUGCGUGUGGUGUCUCCGCUGCCACGCUGAGGCCCGCUACCCCCACGUCUUAACUGCACGAAACUUCGUUAAGGUGGAUUUGCUUAUUGCGGGCGCCACGGGGGACGGCAGCGACUGGCAGCUCGACGAAACAGAACGCCUCAUCGAGGCGAUAGAGCUGCACAAGGACGACUGGAACGAAGUUGCUGCAUAUGUUGGAGGUGGGCGUACACCGCAGCAGUGCGUAGAGAGGUUUAUUAAACUCCCAACGCAGGAACCCUUCUUAGAGGCGAGCAAACAUGUCGUCAGCGGAACGGAGCAAACUCCUUUUUCGAGUUUUGGGAACCCGCUGCUGUCUCUGCUGGCGUUUCUAUCUUCGGUUGUUCAUCCUGCUGUUGCUGCAGCAGCAGCAAGAGCAGCGCUGCACGAAGCAAUUAAUGUAUCAGUCCCCAGUAAAGAUUUGCUGCCGGAGAAGCAACGCAGCAGCAGCAGCAGCAGCAGCAGCAGCAGCGGCAGCGGCAGCGGAGGCGGAGGAGACGGCAGCGGCAAAGGGGCUUCAGAUGCUGCAGCAGAAACAGCAGCAGCAGCAGCAACUGCAGCAACUGCAGCAAAGGCAGCAGGAGAGGGAGGAGCAAACGGGGUGAGCGUGAAGCAAGAGAAGAGUCCUGCUGCUGCUGCUGACGACAACAGCAGCAGCAGCAGCAGCAGCAGCAAGGAGCUGCUAGUUGGAGAAGAGGCGCUGCAGAUAGCAGCAGCAACAGCACUAGCAGCAGGAGCAGCAAGUGCAGCAGAGCUGCAGCAAGUCGAGCAGCAAAACGUAGGCAGUCUGCUGCGCUCUCUAGCGGAGCUGCAGAUGAAGAAAGUCUCAUUAAAACUAAGGCGGCUGCAAACCCUCAGAGACACCGUAGAGAGAAGCAAGCAACAAAUGGAGACGCGUCUCUCUCAGCUAUUUGCAGAGCACUCUGAGCUCCUGGCGGAGCUUGAGGGGACCAGGAGCCUAGGGCAGCCAGCAGGCAUUCCUUAG